AUUUUACUUUUUUAGGUGGGGAUAGGUGAUAGAUAUAAAAAUGCAAUGACAAAAUAUUUGAUAUGUAUUUACAAAUAAAUCAAAAUGUCUCUUCUUGUGUUAACUUUGUUGGCCCUUGCCUCAUAUGUAUCAACAGCCCCAAAAUCGGAACCAACAGCAACUGGUUGCUAUUUAAAUUAUUUGGGAAAUGGUGACCAGACUCCUCUCUUCCUGAACUCUAGUGGCGUUUUUCCAGAUCCGAUUUCAUAUGACACUGCAAUGGUUUUCUUUAAUAAAUACGAACAUCUAUAUGUAGCGUGUCCAAAUGUUGACACUAUUGAAUCCAAUUACCCACUGGUACCAGACGGUGAAGAAGCAACAUGCGUAGGGGAAACGACUAUUCAUGCUAUAACUAGUAAUAAAACUCUUGACUUUUACUCAAUGAAUUGCAAUCAAAAAUUCAGACCGUAUUUUUAUGAACACUUUACUAGCGAAAAAUGCGAAUUUGGUUUCACUGUUCAAUAUAUUGGCCAUCUUAUUGCUAGGCAAUUUGUUCCAGUGAUAAAACUUUGUUUUGAUAAAGCACAAAUAGUACCUAUUUACUCUAAAUAUAUAACAAACAGAUGGAGUGCCCAGUUUGUGUACUAUAAUCCAAAUAUUGACUUUGAUUACGUGUCCAAUAGCCUUUUUGAUGAUCUGGUACCAUGGGAUGUUUACGCAAAAACGAAACAAACGAUGAAAAAUUUGGGAGUGUUUGGUUACAUCACCAACGACGUGUACUUGCUUCCUGGACAAUUAGCGGCCUAUGAUGAUUUCCUUUCUCUUCACCAAAGAGACUUAACUUUUGAUUAUGCCAACGCUCCUUUCCAAUGGAACACUAUUAAUAAGGGAAACUGGAAAAGUAUGGUGUCGUCUAUCCAAAAGUUAAUUACCGAAAAAAUUGAUUUGGGCGAUGUUACCAUCUUGAGUGGUACCUUAAGAAUAGCAAGUUUACCAAAUAAGGGUGGUAGACCUGUUGAACUGUUCUUAAGCGGUGAUGGCAGAAUGCCCGUUCCAGGCUGGUUUUGGAAACUAAUGAUUGCUCGAUCUCCACAAUUCGCUGUAGUGUUUUUUGUAUAUAACAAUCCUUAUGUUGAAAAAUCUAUAGUUGAUGAAGAAUUUAAGACGAUAUGUAAAGACAAUGUAUUGGAAACUUUUAAUUGGGUCACAGGAAUUGAUAAUACAAACCCAAAAGCCGGAUUUACCUACGCAUGCUUUGUGGGAAGAGACUACAUGGUUGAUGAAACAAUGAGAGAAAUUGUAAACAAUGCUUUAGAAGAGACUAAUAUUCAAAGCAAUUGGCUUGAAAUUCCUUCAGUUAGCGUGGGUGAAGCAGUCAAAGCGUCUCAGAAGUCGAAAUAAAACAAAUUUUGUUCUAGAGUACAUUAAAAAAAUACAUGUAACAUAAUUGAUUUAUCUUUUACUCAAUAAAUUACUGACAUUAGA